CCAAGCAAUGAGCGACAGAAAGGAUCUCACCAAAGGCGGCAACAGCACAGGCGGCAACAUGGGCAUAUCGGCUGGAGGGCCGCCUCGCAGCGUGCUGGCUCUGGAUACAACCGCUCGCCCCCGGCAGUCGUUGCGUCGCCAAUGCGGCAUCGCUUUGCUGCCGUUGUCUGGCGCUCAAAUCACGCGAUUUUCCAGCAAGCAGGAUCACCUCGUCCCGAUGCUGCCCCAUGCCAUGGAAUUGUGCGAUUGCCCGCCUGUCUGACCGCCGCUUUCCCCCUCGCGGGCUGUCUUUGGAUCCAGGAUUUGUCCUCUAUGCGCUCUCGCAAGUGUUUGGCAGCGUCAUCGCCCUGGGCUUCUUGACGCCCGCAAUCCUGGCUCCGCUCAGCUCGGCUGGACUGAUCUUCAACGUCAUCUUCUCGAGCGUCUUUCUGGGCACCACAAUCUCGGUCCUGGACUGGUGUGGCACCCUGCUGAUCAUUGGCGGGUGCUGCGUCAUCACCGUGUUUGGCUCCAAAAUGCCCGACGAACGCCAGACAAUCGAGGAUCUGAUCCGGCUGUACACCCGGACGCCCUUUGUCAUCUACAUCCUGAUACAGAUCCUGCUCCUGGUCCUCCUGUUCCUGGCGCUGCGAUAUAUCGAAUGGAGUGCCCUUCACGGCGACAGCGCGGGCCGCACACCAAGGCCAUCAACCAUCCAGCGCCGCGGAUCGACUGUUUCGCGCGCCACAUCCGUUGCCUCGACCACAUCCCGACGCUUCUCGACCACGCCGGACCACGAGAAGACGCCGCUGCUUCCCGAUAGCACCUCGCGGCGCCGGCGCUCCAGAACCGGCAAGGACUACGGAUGGUGGCUGGCGGUUGUUUACGCCAGUAUGGGCGGCACCAUUGCCGCCCAGACCUUGCUGCUCACCAAGAGCGGGGUCGAGCUGCUCAUCACCUCCAUCCUCGACACAAACAACCAGUUCCACGGCAUCUUUGCGUUUGGGCUUCUCGCUCUGCUGCUCUCGACCAUCUUCUGCCAGCUCUACUGCCUGAACCGCGGGCUGCACUUUUCGCUGCCGGUGAUUGUGGUCCCCAUGUUCUUCACGUUCUUCACCAUCUUUUCAUUCACCAACAGUCUGGUCUAUCUGGACCAAUUUGGCUCCUACCGGUGGUGGGAUCUGGUGAUCGUUAGCGCCGGCAUGGGCAUCCUCGUCUUUGGCGUCUACCUCCUGACCCUCAACACCAAUCCGAAUGAUGGCAGCAACGCCUUCGAGGGCCCUGAUGGCAGCCUGCCCGCUGGGACACCGCCGUCGUAUUCUGCAGCGUCAUCGCCCACGUUCCCUUCCAUGCGACGGGAUCUGAGCGAGGCCAGCCUGGCCACCCAGAGCUCGACUGCAACUGGCGGCGGCGGUGGCAACGGAAGUCACCGCAAGCGAUGGGCUUCACCCUUCUGGAAGCAUCGCCCACACAUCAUGGCAAGCAAGGACCCCAACGUCCUGCUGGAAGAGGCUGAGCGCAUCGUCGCCGGCAGCAGCGCCAGCGUCAUCUCGAACGAAAUCUGAGUCGUAAUACAUUCGUCGCCAUCGUAUCUAGAUGCGGGUGGAGGCUCUCGCCCGGGCUUGGUCGAGCGAGGAGACACAAAUCGAUGGAUG